GGCUGUGCAGAGCACAAAAUCCAGCUCAAGCAAGGCACCAAGAAAGAGAGCUUCCUCAAGGGGUCCAGAGACUUCUCUUCCCAUUCUCAGAUCUGCACCUGCUUCUGAGAGAAGAAUCCUCCCUCCUAGGGAUUCAAUCUCCAUCCAAGAAAAAAUUGGACCCCAACAUCAUGGUCGUUAAAGACAGCAGGGAUACUGGGGACACUCGGGUUGGGGUGCUCCUGGAGCCCUUCGUCCACCAAGUUGGGGGGCACGUAAGCAUGAUGAAAUAUGAUGAACAUACCAUCUGCAAGCCCCUCAUUUCUCAGGAACAGAGAUUCUAUGAGUCCCUACCCUUGGCGAUGAAGCAGUUCACACCUCAGUACAAAGGCACUGUCACUGUGCAUCUCCUGAAAGACAGUCGGGGUCAUCUCAGUCUGGUUGCCAGUCCACUGACAGACAACCGUGGGCCCGAGUCAUCAGUGAUGCUGUGGCAGAAGCUGAAGAAGAACAGCUGUGGCCAUGGCAAUGACUGCUCUCUCGUUCAGUGGAAGCACACUCAGCUGACAAAGUCUAUUAAGGAGAGCUGUCCUGGCAAAACGCUCCUGAGGACCGAAUUCCACGUGUCCUCCUUUAUGGAAGACACAAAUGGCAACCAGGCCGAGAAGAAGAACUGCAACCCAUGGAGACUGCACUGCCAUAAGGAACACCUAACCCGGAUGUACUCUGAGUACCAAGAGAACAAAAUGCAUCGGUUUUUGCUACUUGAAAAUGUGGUGUCAAAGUACAAGUAUCCUUGCAUUCUUGACCUGAAGAUGGGCACCAGGCAACAUGGAGAUGAUGCCUCUGAGGAGAAGAAAGCCCGCCACAUAAAGAAGUGUGAACAAAGCACCUCUGCUUCCCUUGGGGUUCGCAUCUGUGGCAUGCAGGUUUAUCAAGCUGAUUCAAACCACUUUCUCUGCAAAGAUAAAUAUUAUGGAAGGAAACUUUCAACUGACGGGUUCAGGCAAACCCUCUAUCAGUUUCUGCACAAUGGCUUACACCUUCGAACAGACCUCCUGGAACCCAUUCUCUUCCAACUCAAGGCUCUCCUCUCAGUCAUUAAGAACCAGAGUUCCUAUCGGUUCUACUCCAGUUCUCUCCUCAUCAUCUACGAUGGACAAAUGCCCCCAGAAAGAACCACAGGCAGUCAUCUUCAAGGAUGCGUGCAGAAGACAAACUGCUCCUCCCCAGAAGGGCUCUCCAAAGUUGAUAUCCGUAUGAUAGACUUCGCACAUACAACUUACAAGGGCUCCCGGUACAACCACCCCAUCUAUGAUGGACCAGAUCACGGCUAUAUUUUUGGCCUAGAAAAUCUCAUCCAGAUCCUUCAAGAUAUCUCAGAGGUUGAAUGACACUUGAUGAGACUGCAAGGACUUUGCUGAGGUACAGUUCUCAAAAGGGACCUACUAUUAGCAAGGGUAGACUAUGCACCCCCACAGCUUUCUAACUAUCAUGUCUGCUUAUAAGAGCUGUUUGGAAGAAGAGCCCAGGAAGCUUCCUAUACAAGGCAGGAGACUUUUAUGGGAAAUAACGCUAAAGAAGCCAGCUGCAUGGAAAACCCACAUUUAAUUAAUUCCACAUACUCUUGAAUCACAACAUAAGGCUAUUAGUACCAAAGUAGAAUUCAACUGAGCAGCUAGGUGGCACAGUGGAUAGAGUGCUGGGCCUGGAGUCAGGAAGACUCAUCUU